AUGACGCUCCUCCAAUUGACCCCUCGCUUCUUAUACAAGAUCCCCUUCGUGCUUGUCGACGAGGACGACCCCGAGACCGAGAAUACCCAGUCUUCCCCCGAUCCAUUAACACGAGAGAGCUCCUCUAUCCACCGAGACCCAUCAUCAUGGGAAUCAAGCCGAGGUCGGGACGAGGACGAGGACGAGGACGCGGACGCGGUCGAGGACAGGGCAGUAGUGAGACCGGGAGUAGUGAGACCGGCAGUGGUGAAACUGGCAAUAGUGAAGCUAGCAGUGGUGAUCGAGGAUAUGGCCGAGGACGAAAACGCGCGCGUGGAGGUAUCUAAAACGAAACAUAUGCAAUUUGUAGAGUAG